AUGGCAUUUAAUAAAAAAGAAAACGGUGGUAGUGCUGUGGAUGAGAAUAUGAUUUUACUUAGAGUGCGUAUUAGAGAGAUGAAGAUAACAGAGGAAUCUGAUAAUCCACCUUCUCAUUGGAUGGAGUGGGAAAAGCAAUAUUAUGCAUAUAGUAACUACUACAAUGAUGUUUACGAAGCAGUAGGGCUUUUGCAAAACUUUCUGAUGAAUAUAAGACCAAGUCUUGCUUUUGGGAUUCUUGCAGUAGUUUUAAUUAGCAUGUUUAUCUCUACUGGAGUGGUUUUGUUUCAGUUUACAGAGAUCACCACGAGAAUUUUAAUAUGGGCUUUAUCUUAA